AUGACGCGCUCUGUAUUCUUGCUCGGGCCCGGCUUUAUUGGGGGUGAAGUCAUUGACUUGCUUCUCUCAACCAAGUACAAUGUCACUACGCUCGUCCGCAGGGAAUCAGCCGUCGCAGAAUUCGCUAAGAUCGGCGUGAAGACAGUCGUGGGAACCCUAGACGAUGCAUCAGUGAUCAGGAAUCAGGUCGCUGUGAGCGAUAUUGUAUUCCAUACCGCCACUGCAGACCACCUGCCAUCGGUCGAGGCGAUUCUCGACGGUGUGCGACAGCGAGCACAGAUGGGUCUAGAAACGAUCUACAUCCACAACAGUGGUGCAAGUCUGAUUGCCGACUCAUCGGCAGGAGAGUAUGAGAACGAGGCGGUGUUUGAUGAUCUGAACCCAUCUCAAAUUGAUGCUCUACCCGAUUCCGCGCCCCAUCGCUUGAUUGAUCUGGCCAUCGUCCGAGCCCGCCGCGAGCUCGCCACCCACGCCAAAAUGGCCAUCAUGAUCCCACCUCUACCCACUCUUGCCCGGUACUCGAUCAAGCAUGGAUACGCAGGUCAGAUCGGCAAGGGUCUCUCAGUCUGGAACCAUGUUCACGUGAAAGACCUGGCACGGGCAUACAUGGUUUUGCUACACUGGAUGGAAGGCGCACCUUUCGAUGUUGUUGCGGAAAACCCCUACUUCUUCUGUGAGAAUGGCCAGGAGCUUUCAUGGGGCAAAUGUGCAGCCGAGAUUGGUCGGAUCUUGAAAGGAGCAGGAAAGAUUGGUCAAUAUGCACCAAAGACAAUCCCCGAAUCAAACUACGGCGAUCUGUUUGGGGUUUUCACAGGAAUUGUGGCUGGCUCAAACGCAAGAAACAAGGCUACCCGACUGCGACAAUUGGGAUGGGCACCUUUGGAGAAGGACACCUUUGCCUCCCUCGUGGAGGAUGAGAUUCCGAUCAUUCUGGAGGAGACAGGAGAGUUCAAUGGCUACGCCAGUGUUGUUGCAUCGUAA